AUGGUGGACGUGCCGAAGGCUGAUCCGUCGCCGCGCCCUCCUAGGCCAUUGCGGUCAGACCCCAGUACAAGAGCUCAGACGGUUUGGUGCGAGUUCUAUGGAACCCCCGAGCAUAAAACCACGGGCUGCAGACACCUCUGGGAGGAGGUAGCUAACAUGUUUGCUAGAGGGCAUCUUCGGGAGUACUUGAGUGAAAGGGGAAGGAAUAAUUAUGGUAGAGCCAACCCCGCUAAAGAGAAAGAUGUACCCAAUGUUCCUCUGUACGUCAUUAAUAUGAUUUUCGAUCGAUCCACGAUCACCAUAACCAGCUUUACCGCAUCGAGAAAGAUGAAGAUUUCGAUGACACGAGAAAAGAGGACUCGGAAACUCCCACAUGAGGACGUGGUUACAUUCACCGAUGAGGAUACGACAGGUAUCACUUUACCGCAUAAUGACGCUCUGGUCAUCACUGUACUUAUCGGUAGCUGCCAAGUCAAACGUGUCAUGAUAGGUCCAGGGAGUUCUGCCAAUAUCCUUCUCUGGAAGGUGGUGGAAGAAAUGGGACUUCUUGAGAAAGUAAUGCCGGCUGCAAGGACGCUAUCAGGUUUCAAUAUGUCCAGCGAAAUCACUAAGGGUGACAUUGACUUGCUUGUGAAAGCCGAUGUAGUCGUCAAAAUGACAAAGUUCUAUGUGAUUGGCGGCGACAUGCAGUAUAACGCUAUUUUCGGGAGACCUUGGCUCUGUGAUAUGAAAGUUGUCCCCUCAACACUUCAUUUGCUGCUCAAAUAUCCUACUCCAGAUGGGAUCAAGAAGAUUCAAGGAGCGCAGCUGGCUUCGAGAGAAAUGUUUGCAAUCGAGGAACCCAUAGCAGUAGAAAGCUUAAUCGGACCUUUCCCAUAG